UUGUCGGUGUUGCCAUGAUAUUUGGUGAAUGAUUCCAACGUGUCAAUUAUUGUGCGUUUCGACUAUUCGUGACAGGGCCCGGAGUGUUAUCCAAGGAAUAGGAUUUGUUUAUAAUGAUAAAUCAGACAGUUUAGACUAAUCAGUGUAACAAUAUCAAUUGUUCAUUCUGGACAUAUUCUUGUAUGUCGCUAGGUGAUUUAUAUGGAUUAUUGUCGAAACAAAACAGACACAAUUAAUCUCAUAUUUGGAUAUUUAGCAUAGGACACUGUAUUGGUCUACUAUAAGAUCAUGUCUAAAUUUGGUGGCAAGAGUAUAAGAGAUACAUUUUACAAAGAUAAAGAGAGGGAUAAGUUUGGAAAAUCGGGACGAUAUGACAAUGAUGACUGGUCAGAGGGAGAUGCUAUGGACGAUGGUAUUGGGGUAUCACGAGCUCAUAAUGAGUACCAACCUAUACGCCAGUCUCGUAGAUUUGGGACCAAUGACGAUGAAGACGAUUUCGGCUUCGAGUGGGUAAAGGACAACGACAUAGGACAAUCAAAAGCAAACGAUGAUAUAUCAAAGUCAAGAAUUGGAGGCAACCUUCGGGAAACACGUACAGUAUAUACUGGCUCGCAGAGCGACAACCCAUACGGUAUUUCGUCACCAUAUGCUAAAACAAUUUCAGCGACACGUGAAACAGGGAAAAGUGAAUAUGGUCGCACGCAAGACGAUCGAACAGUAAAACGUGAACUGUCAACGAUCGCAGAAUCAGGAAUAUACGACGGAGUUGAUGGAAGGUUUAGUCUGGCUGAUAUUGGAGCAAGUCGUGUUGGUGAAAAAUCGUCAUUUGGUGUCAGUAUGAACUACGGUAGGAGCAGACGUGACGACGAUUACUAUAAAUAUGGAUCAAUGGAUUCCAUGAGAAGUGCUGAAAGUAUUACUCUGGAUCCUAAUACCUGGAGAGGAAAAGUUCUGUCGUUUGAUAAGAAUGAUUUCUUCUCGAAUGCGCUGACCAGGGUUGCAGUCCCAUUGCGCUCAAGUUUUAGAACUGAUUCCAGUCCAUUUAACUACAAGCAUUCAAACAACUCUGAACCUAUAUCACAGAAGGAUGACGGUCACAACAGGCGUUUCAACGCCCACAGAUUGCCGCUUAUCCUGCUUGUGUUCAGUUUGCUGGCCUGUGCUGGAGUGGCCGUAGCGGUGGUUAUGGUGGUCCUAAAACCCAAUACAGCACAAGAAUCAAAACCUAUUGGAGGCAACGCCGAAUUGCAGAUAACGUUGAAUAGUACACUGACAGACGCGCUAAAGCAAAGUGAUUCACCUGAGAGAAAGGCUUUUGAUACGAAUUUCUGCAACCAGGUGCUUGGUAUCUACAAUGACGACCCAAGUUCAGUGAAAGAUAUGAAACCAGAGUGUAGAGUAGACAGUCUCAGCGAUGGAAGCAUAAUCGUGGUGUUUGUGAUUACUCUGACUGGUGACACAUCCGCAAUAACAAAGGAUACAAUGAGGGAAAUCCUCUUUACAGCACUACUCAGUCCGUCAAGCACUUCUGAAAUGACGAUAGGUAACCUAACAAUUACAGUGGAGAGCAUUACUGUUGUAACGUAUACACAGGUAUUCACUACAACGACGACGACUACAACGACGACAACGACUACAACGACGACAUCCAAUGCACCAACUACUAUCAACGAAACCACAACUUCCCUGCCAACUACUACUACGACAACAACGACAACUAACCAACCUACUAAUAUCAGUGAACCAACAACUACUGCUCUGCCAGCUAAUGCCACGGACGCCACAACUACUAUUCCAGCAACAAUUACAACCGAAAUCACAACAACUACUAAUUCAACAACAAACGCAACAACACCAAUUUCCGAAUCCACAGUCUUUCCGACUAACCCAACAACAUCCUCUCAAAGCACAACAACAGCCCCGACCAUAGCAAUUUCUACAAAAACAACAACAGCACCGGCAACAACGUCCUCUACAACCACAAUAUCUUUACCGACCACCAUGUCUUCUCAAUCUACAAAUGCAUCCCCGAACACAACAACCUCUAAAACAACAACAGCCCCGGCCACAACGUCCUCUGCAACCACAACAACAGCCCCGACCACAACAACUUCUACAAAAACAACAGUCCCGGCCACAACGUCCUCUACAACAACAACCCCGACCACAACAACCUCUAAAACGACAACAGCAGUCCCGGCCACAACGUCCUCUACAACCACAACAACAACAGCCCCGACCACAACGUCCUCUACAACCACAACUACAGCUCCGAUCACAACAACCUCUACAACCACAACAACAGCCCCGACUACAACAUCCUCUACAACCACAACAACAGCCCCGACCACAACAUCCUCUACAACCACAACAACAGACCCGACCACAACAACAUCUAAAACAACAACAACAGCCCCGACCACAACAGCCUCUAAAACAACAACAACAGUCCCGGCCACAACAUCCUCCACAACCACAACAAUUGUCCCGACCACAACAACCUCUACAACCACAACAACAGACCUGACAACGACGUCCUCUACAACUACAACAACAGCCCCGACCACAACAACCUCUAUAACCACAACAACAGUCCCGACCACAACAACCUCUACAACCACAACAACAGCCCCGACCACAACAUCCUCCACAACCACAACAACAGCCCCAACCACAACAGCCUCUAAAACAACAACAACAGCCCCGACCACAACAGCCUCUACAACCACAACAACAGCCCCGACCACAACCUCUACAACCACAACAACAGCCCCGACCACAACAACAUCUACAACCACAACAACACCCCCGACCACAACAACCUCUACAACCACAACAACAGCCCCGACCACAACGUCCUCUACAACCACAAGAACAGCCCCGACCACAACGUCCUCUACAACUACAACAACAGCCCCGACCACAACAUUCUCUACAACCACAACAGCCCCGACCACAACGCCCUCUACAACCACAACAACUGUCCCGACCACAACAACCUCUACAACCAGAACAACAGACCCGACAACGACGUCCUCUACAACCACAACAACAGACCCGACAACGACGUCCUCUACAACCACAACAACAGACCCGACAACGACGUCCUCUACAACCACAACAACAGCCCUGACCACAACAACCUCUACAACCACAACAACAGCCCCGACCACAACAACCUCUACAACCACAACAACAGCCCCGACCACAACGUCCUCUACAACCACAACAACAGCCCCGACCACAACAACCUCUACAACCACAACAACAGCCCCGACCACAACGUCCUCUACAACCACAACAACAGCCCCGACCACAACAACCUCUACAACCACAGCAACAUCCCCGACCACAACGUCCUCUACAAUCACAACAACAGCCCCGACCACAACGUCCGCUACAACUACAACAACAGGCCCGACCACAGUGCCCUCCACAAUCACAACAACUACCACGUUUAUUUCACCAGUACUUAGAAUCAAUGACGUCACCUCUGUUAUAUACCAGUCUUUGGAAAUGGCAUGCGUUGUCAGUAAUCUCCCAACCAACUGGACUUCAUUGGUUGUUUCCUCUGACGUCAGAGGUCCGAUUGCUACAUUUCCUUACACAGGAGCUGUAGUAGAACAUGUGUCAGGUACAUUCGGUGCCAGUGGGUCCAAAUUUGAAACCAGUGCGACCCUGAACAUAACCUUGGAUAACCAAGCAUCUCAUUGCACUGACAAGGGUACAUUUACUUGUACUCUGGUAACGUCAGGACACGGAAACUACACAGAUACGGCUCGUCUCGAUAUUACAGCUCAUCCUACCAGUACAAUCACGGAUUCAUCGCCAUACAGCGAAGGUGCAGAGAGCACCAUUUCCUGUAUAGGCGUUAUCCCAGUCGGAACCGGAAGUUUAUCUCUACAGAUUAAGCCAGCUGGGGGAACAGUUUUCACGGAAUUCAAUACUGUGACUCCCACUAUCACAGACGGAGCCGUGACGACAAAUUGUACAGUAACGCGAAAUGUGACAUACACAUUCACCCCUACAUUACAGUUUAAUGGAACCGAGGCCAAAUGUGUCGCGAACAACUCAGCACUGACCGGGUCAUCUGCCAGUUCAGCUACAAAAUUGAUAGUCGUGAAUCAAGCUGACAUAGCAUUCAAUGCGUAUGACAGGAGGGAGGAAGUUGGUAGUUCAAAUAUCGUUAUUGGUUGUUACGUACGCAGCGCGCAAGGCUGGACAAACGUUACGAUGACAAGAAAAACGACAGGUUCUUCGUCUGCGACAACUAUUUUUAGCCUGGACAAAGGUGGAACUCCAAGUCAACCUUUGGCUCCUCGUGGAUCUUACGUGUACACGGAAGAUAAUUCGUCACUCUCUGUUACCAUAACGCUGUCUACCCUGGACUGUGUGGAUCGUGGAGAAUACACGUGUACAGCUACUGGGGCUUCCAGUCCACUUACUACCAACAUGACGUUUACACUAUAUAAAAAUCCUGGGACUCCAAUACUGACGUUAAAUCCGGAUCAAAUUGAAAACCUGAUGUUCCAUAGAGGUGGAUUCGAGCACCUGUGUAUGGCGGAGGUUGGUUUUCCUUCCCCCGGUAACCUCGCAGUCGUGUACAAAAUGAAAGGACAGUCGACAUUUGUGCCAUUCGAGAGUGACCGAAUUAUACAAUAUGACACAAACACGACCAACACGAGUUGUGGAACGACAAAAUAUUUCAAAUUUGGUCUCAAUUUUACGUCGGCAGACGAAGGCGGAGAAGUAAAAUGUGUCGCAACCAACCAAGAAUUAGGAGUUACUACCGAGUCGGCCGUUGGUACACUAGAGCUGAUUCCAAGGCAAUACUGCAACACAACCGAUGCCCCAAAGCAUUUACACCAUCCGACAAACUGUAACAAGUAUGUAGAGUGUGAUAGGAGAUAUCCGUAUGGUAAUCAGUGCCAUAAUGCAGACCAGUGUGCCGAUAUCACAACGGACAAUGUUGUAUGCAAGAGUUGUGAAGGAGUUGUAUGCCCUUGGAACAUCACAACAACAACACCAGGACCAACAACCACAACGCUGCCACCACCUUCGUCCCAGUUCAUCAACUGCACCGAUGAGACGGUUUUCAUAGGGGACCCUGUUACUCUUACUUGCAACAUGACGGCAGCCUUCGACUAUAUCAACAUUACAAAGGCUACUCGAAAUAUUGCUGAUGUCAUUUCCGGUGGAAAUGUUGUCAAUCGAAAUUUGAAGACUGGGGAACAGGUUGUGUUCAGUCAAUCCUCCCUCAAAAUUUCCUACGAUAGUGCCGAAUGUGAUGAUGGAGGGCAGUUUACUAUAGAUGUCAGCAACACUGGCGGAAGUACCGAAUCACAAGCAGUGUCACUUACUAUUUGGGAUAUACCGAAAUCCAGCCCAACUCUCACCUCUGCCAUCAGAAUUGCAACCGGUAGUCCUAUGUAUCCUGCUAUCAAAUGUUCAGGCGAUACAGGUUAUCCCUCUGGAGAGAUCAAUCUUCAGAUGAAAUUAGACGGAUCAAGUUCGUUCGUUAAUGUCACGCAAUUCACAAAGACAGAAACAUCCACAGACGGGAAUUGUACCACAACGAAAGAGGUGUCCUUUAGUGGGAAUCCCACUGUAGCUAUGAACGGGUCCUAUAUUAGAUGCGCCACAACUCACUUGGAUGCUAGUAAUGUUCUUUUCUCGGCGCAAGAGUUUUUUUUGUUGUUGAUGGGACCUUUUGCAGUGGAAAAGACGAUGGGUUUUAUUAUCACCCUUACAGUUGUGGGCUUUGGAUACAGUGUGCCAGUAACGUUCUAUAUGUCAACAGCUGCGGCCCAAAUGCACCCUGUAUUAAUGUUGAUGAAACAGCAAAAACAGGAUCUUGUAUUGAAUCGUGUGCCCAUUGUCCAAGCUACCAGACUCGUAUUCCUGGGAGUGGUACGAAAUGAAACAAGUAAAAUGCGAACGAGGUGGUUAAGUCAUAAGACUAUACUGUCUAUACAUGCGUGUUGGAGACUUUUGUCAUGAACGAGAAUACACAUUUGGCUGCAUGUGGAAAUAAUCAAUUAUUCAUCCAAUAAGCAUGUAUCCCAUUCGAUUAAUCUAAAAUAGACAAAUGACUAUGUUAGUUGUCCUCGGACCUUUUAAUUUAUAUAAUGUAACUCUAAAUGUACCUUUACUCUGGACUGUCGUACUUGGCUGCUACGAAUUGUACGGGUGUUCUUACAUAUUAGAGAAUUCUGACUAAUGCUGGAACGGCAUUAAUGUUUGAACAUCAAAUGUUAAUCAUAGGAUGUAUUAAUACUAUUCUAUGUCCAAUAAAAACUUUCCAACAGGUAACUUGACCUAUAUCUAAGUAGAUGACAGGGAACAGUUGAGUAGUAGGACGAGUCGGAGAUCCGGGCAAACAACACUCCUACUCCGGAAGUUAGUGUGUCCCGAAGACUUGCAUCGCCCUAUGUUAUCAACCCAGAUUUGGAAGGUCACAAUGAGAGGAAUCUGUUGGCUAAAGAACAGACUCCCACAAUAUCCAGCAGUCGCCUGUUGUGAGUUUAGACAAGAAUACCUUCGCUCUUUGUCAACCUCCAGUAUUUAGGCAGCAGAAUACCAUGCUUAGCCUCCGAACACUGGUGUGGUUGAGUUAUUUGAACUCUGCGAUAGCGUAUAUCUGACCCUCCUAUUUGUGACGUCACAACUUGUAAUCUAAAAGAAAGCUUUCAUUGACAGCUUAUGCACAUGUAUCGGGACGGAGUAAACAGUUUCCGAUAAUCUGUAUUGUUGAAAAGAGCGAAUCAACAGGGAAUCUGUUUUAAUGUAAACUUUAUUUUUUCAUGCAUUGUUAAUUUUAUUACAAAACAAAAGUAACUUUCUGUGCAGUAAGUACGAUAUGCUUUACUGAUAUGAGCAUUAUAAUCUACGUGGCUAUCAUUUUUUUUUUAAAUCUAUCCAGCUAAUAACUACAAUUCGUUGAGGGUUUGAUUGUAUUUUUGAUAAUGAAUACACGUUCUAAUAAUCACACAUAAUGUUGCUUCCUAUAUCGAGAUUGACGUUUCAUAUCAUAAGUAUGAAAUGGAUUCAGAAGUGAUUAAAAGUUGUUAUUACAAAGUUAGAUUCCAAUAUCUACACUUUCCUUUGUUACUGAAAUUAGUCGAUUACAUCAUUAGACCAGAAUUGCAUGGCCAUUGAGCUUAAAUUAUGAAAUGCUCACUUCAUGACUGUUGAUAAAUAUACAAUAACCCAAACACAAGAUAAUGAUUGUUUUGACUGUCCGAUAUAUAUCUUGUGUACUUAAUUAGAUCAAUUAUGACAGCCAAUUUCAAUAAUACAUGUACUAUGCUCAUAUCAUAAUUUUCUCUGACCUUACGUUCAUGUAUUCGUAUAUUAUGAUUUUUAUUAUUUAUUCAAUCUAUAUUAAUUUACUAUGUCAUUCAUUUUUUUUACUGUGUUGUGAGAUAUUAACAUUGCCUGGAUAAAAUCUCGUGAAUUCUUUGACUGAUUUAAUCUUGCACAUAUCGUAUCCGUCUCCUCUGCUACGUGAUCCAUCUGACAUACUUUCAUUGAAUUUCGUCAGGAUUAGAAAUACCGUCUGUCUAUGAUCAUCAGCUUGUACGUAGGAAGAUAUGAGGAUUAUAUCCCUCUGUGUCGGUGUGCGAGGGCAGUACACAUCAAUUUAGAUGCAUACUGAUAUAUAUGUACAAGCGAUGUUUUCUUUGAUAGAGCACAAAUAGACAAUAUGUCACAAAUGCAAUUAUAUUUGCUGAGGUUUAUAGGGGAUGCGCAAUGAAUCAAUCCUUCGAACAAUUUGUGAUAAUUCAAAGUUAUAUAUUAUUUUUGUACUCCAUUUUACUGUGAUUUUGUAAACUGACCAUUACAUCUUUAUAUAUACGCUCUAUGUUAUGAAUUUCAGAACAGAUAAUGUAAAAUAAAUGCUUUAUAUGAAACAAUCCAAA